CACGCUCUCUUCCUCACCAUUCACACCAUCCCUCCUACCAUUCCACUGCGAGGGCCUGAUUGCACCUAUACCAUCACGCCAUAUCACACCACAUGGCCACAGCAGCCUUGUCCUCUCCGUCCUCUGGCUCCUCCUCUGUCCGCUACUGUCGCACAUGCGGGGAGGCUCUCUCUCUGGGGGCAAGAUGUCGCCGCUGUGGUUCUCGAGGUGAAGUCUCCGCCCUCUCUGGUAUGACUGUGCUCUCAAAUCGUAAAGCAGACCCCUGGGUCUCGAGGUACGCUUCGGGGAUACAAGCUGCGAACGAUAUGACAGGAGGAGGGGAGGAGGACGAAGGAGAUGAGACGCAGCCUACUAUCGAAGCACAGGAGGAGAGGUGGAUGCGCUCCUCUCGCAACCCCACGUCGUCUACCGCCUACUCACUCGGGGUCGGAAUGCCCAGCUCGAUCUCUCGAGACCUCAAAUUGAGCUCGCUCGUCAGCCCGCCAGGAUCGAGCUCGCCUCAGCGCAGUCCUCUCCCUGCACGCACAGGGGCUACACCCCAUUCGCUCUCAGGCAGUGCAGAGAGCCUCGAAGGCGAUGAAUCUAUCGGCAGUCUGCCAGCCCUGAAACCCAGACAUGCUCACAUGGCACAUAGUCCUUCGCAGCCACUCCUACAACACGCUUCUGGGGGACUCUUGUCCAAGGUAUGCGGCUCGGUCAUCGAGCCAGCCUCAUCGCGCAACAAGUGGGCCUGCUCGGACUGUAACCUCGUCUUCGCCAGGGACAGUACCGUAUACGUCCCCCCCGCUAGUGCCGUACAACAAGGAGCCACAAAUCAGAGCUUCUACUGCAAGAGCUGCUACACAGAGCGCUACGCCCUGGGUGUAUGCGCCCGUUCAAUCUGCCAGAAGCCCGUGUUGGGAAGCACCAAGGAGAGCGGAACUUACGUAAAGGCAGGAGGCGGUAGAUUGUAUCAUGGCACCUGUUUCCGAUGUCAUAGUUGCGAUGCUGGUGGAGGUCAGCUGCCUGGUGGAGAUGGGACGGACAUCAUGCUGGACAUGGAAGGACGACCCUCCUGCGAAGGCUGCUUUGGAGCUGCUCCUCGUCGAAGGGAAGUGGUAGGAAGGAGCCAUGCUUCGGGUUCUAUGGCAGCUGCGACGGCUUUCAGCCCCAGCUUGGGCACGACCAUGCGUCAUGGCGCCGAGGGCGAGUUCCCUUUCGGCCUCGAGAGAAGUGUGGGGACACCUACGAAGAGGGGAGACACCAGAAUGACAGCUACUAUUGCCGAGCUCUCGCAGAAGUUCGGAAGCCACAGGGGCCGCUCAGAACAGAUCAAGCAGCAACAGGUACCUCCUCCGAUCGUCAGAGCGUUGAGUCGAAGUCCUGUUCGACAGUCGAGCGCUCAGCCUCCUGCUGAAAUACCGUCAAGAAGUCGCAGUCUCAGUCCAUCAAAGGACUUGGCUCAGACUGCAGCAACAACAUCCCCGAUUAAGACGCACACGAGCAGUGGCUUCCCACUACCGCGCAAUCGUAGAGAAGCAGAGCAGCAGACGAGCGCCGUCAGUCCUUUGCGGACGUCUCAGAUGGGAAACAAGGCUACUCAAACUGUCUCGCCCAUCUCUACGGAACAGGCGAAGGCUCCAGUGCGUUCUGAGUGCAGUGACGAUCGCCUCGCGGAGCCUCCGUCCAGUUCUAACGGCAUCAGUUGUGCGGCGUGCGGCAAAGGUCCCUUCGAGGGUCCCAGCGUAGAGGCAAUCGGCACUAACGGGCAAGAAGCUACUAUGGUCACGCUUCCGGGCAGCAAAGCACAUCUUGAUGGACCGCUUUGCCUUCACGCGGCCUGCUUUCGCUGCGACGUCUGCAAAGCAGUCAUCGAUGGUGGGAGGGCUUUCGUGAGACUAGAUUACCAUUCGGACAGGUCUAGUGCGUACAUCCUGCCCCUCUUUGCGCAUCCAGCUUGUGCACCUCCUGCAAGGCUCGUACCUCGUUUGAUUGAGGCGGCCGCGGUUCGCAAGACGACCGCGACGAUUGAUGACACCUCAUCCCCGCAUCAUCAGCACCCUACUCUUCGGAGCCUGCCUCGUCCGAGCGCGACAGAGACUGAGCGCAAGCACAUUGCCGUGCACUCCUUUAUCAGACGAGCCGACUCGUACCAAGCGGAACAAAAGAGACUUCAGGAAGCACAGGAGUUGGAAGCUCGAGCACGAGACGCUAGACGACUAGCAGCGGGCAAGUCAGUCGAGGUCAGACCGGUACUGGCUCUGAGUGAGGCCAGCAAGCGUUUCAAAGCCACGAGCGGUGCAGCACCCCCCACACGGACCCUGCUCAAUGGUCAUCAACCCAAUGCUGCUAUGAAUCCCGCAGCUGGGAUGUUCGCCUCUUCCAGUGCGUCUCCAUCGCGCACUUUUCCCGCACCAAGGAGCAGGAGCCCCAUCCGAUCCGGACUCGAUGGUGCUGGAGUCCCUACUGCAGGUGCUCUGCUACGUCAAGGUCUGCCUUCAGUCGAAGCCGCAAACACAACGCCCGGCUCGCCCAGCAAGAUCGCCUCCCCAGUCUCGCGGUACGGCGGUAUGCUCAGCUGUGCCGGCUGUACUGGCCGUCUUACUGCACUGGAGAGCGUACCAGGUCCAGCCGGCUCGCACUGGCAUCGCAAGUGUCUCGUCUGUCGCGGAUCGAUGGCUGCUAGCUCCUCUGGCAGCAGUGCCAUAGGGGCACGAGCUACGGCUCGAGGAGGAGCAGGAGAGUGCGGGAAGCAAUUGGACAGCUUUGCCAAGGUGAGGGAAGAGGACGGUGCGGUGCGAUGCGCUGAGUGCUAUCGAUCUGGCCGAUGAGGUCUUUCCGUGAUGUUCCCACCUUUGUGUCUCAGCUUGCGUUCCGGCCUUGGGCCUCGUACAUUGUACUCUAAUCACAUUCAGGUCUUCCCAAGCGUCUUUCCCAACCUGACGCGCUGUGAACUUCCUCCAGGCCCAUCUUCCUCUCAUUCGAUAGCACGUACGCAUCACUACGCUUGAUUCAUCGGCUUCUUGGUCUG